CACUGCUCCUCCUCCUCCUCCUCGCCGCAACCAAACAACAACACACUUCUCUCAGUUAUCUGCUUCUCCUCCUCUCCUAGUCUACUCUCGUGAGGACCAAAGUCACCAAACCCACGCACGCAACCAGACCACACCCACGCUUGCGCUUCUCCAUGCGUCGCCACCGCUGAGCAUGGCCCUCGCGUCGCCGCCGCCGCCGUGGUGGCUCACCACGGAAGCCUGCGACCUGCCCUCCGCGACCGGCGCAGGGCUCGGGGAGUGGGCUGGGUUCCUGUUCCUGUCGACGUGCUCGCAGCGCGUGAUGCUCUCGACCGCGUCCGUGGCAUUCCUGGUCGCGCUGCUCUGCCUCGCCUCGGGCAAGGCCGUCUCGCGUUGGCGGGAGAAGCGGCGGCAUGGCGGCGGCGUCGUCAAUGGCGGCGCGGACAAGCCGCUGCUCGAGAGGGGGGAUGAGGCGGUGCGGGUCGAGGCCGGGUUCGUGGUCGCGCUGGCGGCGUCCGCAGUCCUCGCCGCGUUCUACGCCGUGCUGCUUGUCCUUUCCGUGGUGGCGCGGGGCGGAGGAGGUAAGGCCCUGGAGGUGGUGUUCCUGGCGCUGCAGCUCGCGGCGCACCUGGCAGCCGCGGCUGUGGUAGCGCACGAGAAGCGGUUACGCGCGGCGGCGCACCCGCUUGCACUGCGGCUCUUCUGGCUCGCCGCGCCCGCGCUGACCGCGUUCCUCGCUGCCUCCGCCGUCGCGCGCCUCGCCUUGGGGGCCGCCGGGCUCCCCGACGACGCACUCGCGGUCGCAGCGCUCGUCCUGUCCCUGCCUCUCCCGCUCCUCGCCGUCUCCGGCGCGACUGGCAUCACCGUUAUGGCCUCCGACGUAGCGGCGGCGGGCCCAGAAGACGAGGAGGCCGACGCCAGCAAGUCGGACAAGACUGUGACCCCGUACGCGACGGCGUCGUGGGCGUCACUCGCGACGUGGGCAUGGAUGAACCCGCUAGUGCGGCGCGGCCACCGCGCCGCCCUGGAGCUCUCGGACGUGCCCACCCUCGCACCUCCCCACCGGCCCGAGCGCAUGCACGACCUCUUCGCCUCCCACUGGCCCUCCUCCUGGGCCACCAAGGACAACAACCCGGUCCGGCACACCCUGCUCCGCUGCUUCUGGCCGCUGCUCCUCCUGAACGCGUCGCUGGCGCUGCUCCGGCUGACCGUCAUGUACGUGGGGCCCACGCUGAUCCAGAGCUUCGUGGACUUCACGUCGGCGGGUGCCGCCGGCGAGCCCCGUUCGUUGUGGGAGGGCGCGCGGCUGGUGGCGACGCUGCUGGCGGCCAAGUCGGCGGAGGCGCUGUGCAGCCACCAGUACAACUUCCACUGCCAGAAGCUGGGGAUGCAGAUCCGGGGCGCGCUCAUCACGGCGCUGUACCGCAAGGGGCUCCGGCUGUCGUGCUCGGCGCGGCAGAAGCACGGGCUGGGCAUGAUCGUCAACUACAUGGCCGUGGACGCGCAGCAGCUCUCGGACAUGAUGCUCCAGAUACACUACCUCUGGCUCAUGCCGCUCCAGGUCGGCGUGGCGCUGGGUCUGCUGUACACGUACCUCGGCCCGCCGGUGACGUCGGCGCUCGUCGGCGUGUCCGGCGUGAUGGUGUUCGUCCUCCUCGGUGCCCGGCGCAACAACCGGUACCAGUUCUCGCUGAUGCAGGAGCGCGACCGGCGCAUGAAGGCGACGAACGAGAUGCUCAACUACAUGCGCGUGAUCAAGUUCCAGGCGUGGGAGGAGCACUUCAACGCGCGCAUCGGCCGCUUCCGCCGCCUCGAGUUCGGCUGGCUCUCCGGCUUCAUGUACUCCAUCUCCGGCAACAUCAUCGCGCUCUGGAGCGCGCCCGUCGUCGUCUCCGCGCUCGUCUUCGCCACCUGCGCCCUCUGCGGCGUGCGCCUCGACGCGGGGCUCGUCUUCACCGCCACGUCCUUCUUCAAGAUCCUGCAGGAGCCCAUGAGGAACUUCCCGCAGGCCAUGAUCCAGGCGUCACAGGCCAUGAUCUCCCUCCAGCGACUCGACUCGUACAUGACAAGCGCGGAGCUGGACGAGGGCGCGGUGGAGAGGGAGCCCGCGGCCGCGUUGGGGUGCGACGGGAUGGCCGUGCAGGUGAAGGACGGCGCGUUCACGUGGGACGACGAGGUGGAGGCCGGGCAGGAGGUGCUGCGCGGGAUCGACCUGGAGAUCCGGACCGGCGCCCUGGCGGCGGUGGUUGGCAUGGUCGGGUCCGGCAAGUCGUCGCUGCUUAGCUGCGUCCUCGGCGAGAUGCGCAAGAUCUCCGGCAAGGUGAAGGUGUGUGGCAGCACAGCGUAUGUUGCGCAGACGGCAUGGAUUCAGAACGGCACCAUCGAGGAGAACAUCCUGUUCGGGCAGCCCAUGCACAGGGAGAGGUACAAGGAGGCGAUCAAGGUGUGCUGCCUGGAGAAGGACCUUGAGAUGAUGGAGUUCGGCGACCAGACAGAGAUCGGCGAGCGCGGGAUCAACCUCAGCGGCGGGCAGAAGCAGCGCAUCCAGCUCGCCCGUGCCGUCUACCAGGACUGCGACAUCUACCUCCUCGACGAUGUUUUCAGCGCAGUUGAUGCGCACACCGGCACUGAGAUCUUCAAGGAAUGUGUGAGAGGCGCUCUGAAGAACAAGACUAUAGUCCUUGUGACUCACCAAGUUGAUUUUUUGCACAAUGCUGAUAUCAUAUAUGUAAUGAAGGACGGCAUGAUCGUGCAAUCCGGCAAGUAUGACGAGCUACUCCAGGCCGGCUCCGACUUCGCGGCUCUCGUCGCCGCGCACGACAGCUCCAUGGAGCUCGUGGAGAGCGCGGCGCCGGCGAGCGAGCGCGAGUUGCCCCUCUCCCGGCAGCCGUCCAACAAGAACGGCGGCAAGGCCUCCAACGGCGACUCCUCGUCGUCCUCCAUCGUGGCGCCCAAGGCCGAGAAGGCGUCGGCGCGGCUGAUCAGGGAGGAGGAGCGCGCGAGCGGGCACGUCAGCCUCGCCGUGUACAAGCAGUACAUGACGGAGGCGUGGGGGUGGUGGGGCCCGCUGCUGGUGCUCGCCGUGUCCGCGGCGUGGCAGGGCUCGUUGGUGGCCAGUGACUACUGGCUCGCCGACCAGACAUCUGAGGAGAACGCCGCCUCGUUCCGGCCGUCGCUGUUCAUCAACGUGUACGCCGGCAUCGCCGCCGCCUCGGUGGUGCUCGUCUCGGCGCGCUCCUUCCUCGUGGCGUUCAUCGGCCUCCAGACCGCGGACCAGUUCUUCAAGCAGAUCCUCAACAGCAUCCUGCACGCGCCCAUGUCGUUCUUCGACACCACGCCAUCCGGCAGGAUCCUCAGCAGGGCGUCGUCGGACCAGACGAACGUCGAUCUCUUCCUGCCGUUCUUCGUCUGGAUGAGCGUGUCCAUGUACAUCACCGUGAUCAGCGUGCUGAUCGUCACGUGCCAGGUGGCAUGGCCGUCCGUCGUCGCCAUCGUCCCUCUGCUGAUACUGAACCUCUGGUACCGGAGCUACUAUCUGGCGACAUCGAGGGAGCUGACUCGUCUCGAGUCGAUCACCAAGGCUCCAGUGAUCCACCACUUCUCGGAGACAGUCCAGGGUGUCAUGACCAUCAGGUGCUUCAGAAAGGAAGGGAGCUUCUUGCAGGAGAACCUGAACCGGGUGAACUCCAGCCUUAGGAUGGACUUCCACAACAAUGGCGCGAAUGAGUGGCUUGGUUUCCGGCUGGAGCUGGUCGGAAGCUUUGUUCUCUGCUUCACAGCCUUGCUCAUGGUCACAUUGCCGAGCAGCUUCAUCAAGCCAGAAUAUGUUGGUCUAUCGCUCUCCUAUGGUCUAUCUCUCAACCAGGUGCUGUUCUGGUCCAUCUGGAUCAGUUGCUUCAUUGAAAACAAAAUGGUCUCGGUUGAGAGGAUAAAGCAAUUCACAAACAUUCCAUCAGAGGCUGCAUGGAGGAUUAAGGACUGCCUACCUGCUGCAAACUGGCCAACCAAAGGCGAUAUCGAUGUCAUUGAUCUCAAGUUUAGAUAUAGGCACAACACUCCACUGGUGUUGAAGGGCAUCACAAUCAGCAUAAACGGAGGAGAGAAGAUUGGAGUUGUUGGUAGAACUGGCAGUGGGAAAUCAACACUGAUCCAGGCAUUGUUCAGAAUAGUGGAGCCUUCUGAGGGGAAGAUAAUUAUCGAUGGCGUUGACAUCUGCACGUUGGGACUCCAUGAUCUUAGGUCUCGGUUUGGUAUCAUCCCUCAAGAGCCUGUUCUCUUUGAAGGCACCAUUCGGAGCAACAUCGAUCCGCUGGAGCAGUACUCUGAUGAUGAGAUCUGGCAGGCUUUGGAUCGUUGUCAGCUGAAAGAUGCUGUGGCCUCAAAACCUGAAAAGCUUGAUGCUUCAGGUCACAGGUGUAAACUCCUCCUCCUGGUGAACAACCUCUUGUAUGGAUUUGUCGACAAUGGGGAGAACUGGAGUGUUGGACAACGGCAACUGCUAUGCCUGGGCCGGGUGAUGCUGAAAGGCAGCAGAAUAUUGUUCAUGGAUGAGGCCACGGCUUCAGUGGAUUCCCAAACCGAUGCUGUGAUUCAGAAGAUCAUCCGGGAAGACUUUGCAGCUUGUACCAUCAUCAGUAUUGCGCACAGAAUACCAACAGUCAUGGAUUGCGACAGAGUCCUCGUUAUAGAUGCAGGACUAGCAAAGGAAUUUGAUCGUCCAGUGAAUCUGAUCGAGAGGCCAUCUCUGUUUGGAGCAUUGGUUCAAGAGUACGCAAACCGGUCAUCUGACGUGUAGCCUUUGAGAUGGCGUAAUUUUUUAAUCAAGAUUUGGGAGGAAAUAAGGGAUCAAAAUUUCUCCCGUGAUCGAUGAGCAAGCUGCCUUCAUGCUUUGAAUUAAUACUGCACGUCCAAAAAAGUUUUGUGAGCGGUAACUAGCUCAUGUGAAAAGGCUGAAAAGGAGAAGCCACGGUGUGAUCAAGGCAUCAAGAUUCAAGAUGACUAAUCUGAAGUAUUAGAUUUCAAGAUAUCUUUCAGCCCUUUAAGCUGAAUUUUUCUAUUACUAUGAACUGAAGAUGAUGUAUAGUGUAUCCUUCAACCGGAAUAUUAUCCUCAAGCAAAUGUUCUGUCGACCAGAUCAGCUGUAUGGAGUUAAAAAUGACGAAAAUUGCAAGAAAUAUUUCUUUUUCCAGAAGAAACAGAUAACUUGGGUUUGGGUUAUCUAUACUCGAUCCAUUUUGUUUUACUUGUCCUCUAGGUAUCGACAAGGUAUUCAAUAAAUUUAUUUUACCAUUA